AUGGGCAAUUUCUGUGGUAAAAAGCCACAAAAGAGUCAUUUUCAAUACAGGGAUAACAUGUUGCCCAACAUGAUCCCUAAUAUCAACGAUGAUAUAAUAAACAGAUUAGUUGACUAGUGGUAAGGUUCUGUGAUAGCAUAUUUUAAAUAAAGGUUUAAACAAUAUGCCAACAAAGAAGAUAAUUCUCUAGAUCAACAUGAUUUUAUAAAAAUUUUUCCUUAGCUUGCUUCAUUUCCUAAGAAUGUGAAGAAGAAGGCAUUCGACUUUUUUGAUAGGGACAGGAAUGGAAAAGUAGAUUUUAAGGAGUUUUGCUAGAGUUUAUCAGUUUGUUGCAAAAGUGAUGUCAAUUCUAAAAUAUAUUUAUUGUAUAUGCUUUUCGAUACAGAUAGUGACAAGUAUUUAAGCAGGAAUGAAGUUUAAACUAUGAUAAAAUAUUGUUCGCAUUAUAUUUUUAAGAUACGCACAAACGAUUUAGUAGUGAACAAUAGCUCAACCAAUAAAAUUGUAGGAAAUAUAGAAAAGGACUCAUUAGAUUAAUAAAGGUUAAAGCAGCAUUAAAGCUAAUUAGACAAACUAUCAGUUACACAAGGCAAUAUAGCAAUAAAUGAUGCUUAUAUAGUAAAUGAUAAUAUAAAAAUCUUAAGUAAAACAACCUCUAAAGAAAUUGGAGCAGCAUAUGAUGCUACGACUAACAACACUUAAGAUAAAAAUUAGAAGCAAUAGCAAAAAACGCAAAAAGAAAUUUAAAAAAAGUAGUAAAUUUUAAUAGAAUAGCAAGAAAAGGAAACAUUGGCUUAUUUAUUUAGCAAAAAGCAAGACAAAAUAGGGUAUCAAACUUUCUAUAACUGGGCUAUAGAUUAUUUUAAUGUAGAAGAGUUUUUUUUAAUGUUUGAAUUAGUACCUGAUCCACUGCUAGAAAGAGAAAUUAUUAGGUCUAUUAUAAAAGAAGAGGGUUAAAAAGAUAGGCAAAUCAAUUAAGUGUUGUUAGAAUACCGUCAAAAGUAGCAGCUGCUGGAAGAAUAAAAUUAAGUCAGAAAUGGGAAUGAAACAAAUAAUCAGGAUACUUCAAAAAAUAAUAAAAAGAAUAGUAAUGGUAAUAUAAAGCAAUAGCAAGGUAAAGUAGCUAAUAGCUUUGAAAAACUCCUCUAAAAGGAAAGAUUUACAGAAACAAUUUAUGUUGUCUCAUGGAAAUGGUGGUUUAUGUGGAGGUAUUACAUAAAUUAUGCAUACAAAAUUAAAAAGAUGAAUACUCAUAAUUAGCAAAAAAUGUUUAAAAACUUUAAUGGAUAGGAUACUUAAUAGCAAGAUAAAAAUUCUACUAAUGCAGUUAACUAUAAUGAUUUAAAAAAUAGCAGCCCACCAGAAUUAGGUAUAAACCUUAUUUCUGAAGCAGGAAAUAAAUAGUAGGAUAAAAUCAGUGCGGCGAAUAACAACAAUAAUAAUUUAGCAAGUAACAUUCAAACAAAUUAGUAGAAGGGAAUAGGUUUGAUUGGAGAAGAGCAAAAUGAUCGUUAACUUAAUGAUUUUAGUAAUAUUGCAAAUAAUGAUAGCCUAUACCGUUCAUAGGAGUAGUUUGAAUCAAAUUCUAACUCACCAGCUUUCUCCCCAUAACGCAGAGACUCUAACCAUUCCAGAAACAGUAUGGUUGAUUUGGAAUUUAAUAAUAGCAUUCCUAGUGAAAGAUAAGAAGAGUAAAAGGUAAAGUACCAUUUAAAGCCAAAUGCCUUUAAAAACAAUUUAGAGAUUAACAUGCGUAAUUUACAAGAGAAUGAAAUAGGACACUAUUAGUAUCAUAAUCAAUAGUAUAAUAGCAAUAAAAUAUUAGGUGGAGAAGAAGAUAUAAUUAGUGAUCACAAUCUGUUUCGUCCAUACUCUCCUUCUAAAGUUAAUCAUGAUCUAAAUUCUUUCGGAUAAGCACAUUAAAUAAUAAAAAAUACUUACGUUGAAAAAAUAGACCAUAUCAAAACAAAUGAGAUAUAAGAAAAUAAAAGUCUAGGUGAUGAUGGAUAAUAGAAUUUUUAAGGCAUACAAAAUCAUAAUUAGCCUUAAGAAAGCUAAGUUAGAUCAGUUUCUCAUCACCAUCAAUUUUAGUAAUAAGGAAGUUUCUUUACUCCCAGAUAAAGUUAAUUACAAAAUUAAAAUUAUCAAUAAGAAACAUCAGGCAAUAAAUAAAUAUAUUUUAGCAACGCUGCUGCUGAUAAGCAUCUGCUAAAUUAUAAUAAUAACACUUAAAGAGAUAUAAAUGAUUCUGAACUCUUCUAGAAUCCUAAUUGGAAUAAUUAGCAAUUUGAGAACUCACAGAAUAACUCACCAUCCAAAUAUAAAGGAAUUAUAAAUCCAUAAUAAGUUUAGAUUUAAAAAAUUGAAUAAUUUGAAGAUCAACAUUAAAAUAUAUUAAAUUACUAAGGGUAGUAACUAUUGAAUUUCCCAGACACACCAUCUAGCAUUCCUGCUGGGCUGGUUCCUCUUUAGAGCAUAAGGAAUGGAGCCAUAGAUAAUAAUUAAAAUAUUAAUUUUUAAGAUAAAACCAAGCAUUAAGUAGAAACUCACAAUUUUGUUGCUCAUUAAAAUGAAACUGAAGUAAUUUCUUAAAAUAAUAGCAAUCUUUAGUAGUAGUAAUAAGAAAAUAAACAACAAUAAUAAUAUAAUUUAAAUUAAAAGCAAGCUUAAGAAAAGUACAAUGAUAAUUAAACAAUAUAUAAUGAAGUCCUGCACCCAGAAACUAGAGGCAUGAAUACAAGUAUUGUUUAGAUGUUUUAAUAAUCACAAAUAUAAUAAUAGUAAUUGUAUCAAAAUUAAUUUGAAAAAGUAAAUUCUGUGAAUGAUGGCUUUGAUAUAAUGCAAAUAGAAUAGAGUGAACGAGUAGAAUAAGGAUAGUCUCCCUAAGAUCAUGUUUAGUUUUAUAUUUAAAAAUCUGUUUAUGCUGGAUAAAAUUAAAAUGAAAGAAAUAAACCAACAAUAAAUCCAAACAUUCAAGGAAAUAUCAAUUAAAUUGCAAAUAAAAAUGAUCAACAGUCAAUUUAACAGUAAACAAAAAAUAUUGAUCAACCCUCUACUCUGUUUUCUUAAAUAAAAUUUAAUAUUUGCAAGCCUUUGUAAGGUCUUAAAGGCGAAACACACGAUCUUUUAUCUUAAGACGAUUUAUCGAAAUCAAAUAUAGCUGCUGCAACUAAUAAGCAUAUAAAUAAUUACAACAGUAACCAAGUUGAGUAGAGUUAAUUUGCUAAAGAAUUUUAGAAUAAUUAAUAACCAGAGUUAUUGAAUUAGACCAGCAAUUCACCAAAGAAGUCAGAGGAGCCUUCUUCUCCAGAUAAACAACAAAAUAUUAUUGAUGUGAAUUUAAAUACAAUUCUUACAACCUAAAAUAAUACAAAAAAAUCCAAUGAAAUAAACUUAAAUACUGUUCAUAUCCCUACUGAUAAGAUGCUACAUGAUGACUAUAUGGACGAAUUCGAUAAGGGAAUAUAAAAUACAGAAGAGUUCGGUGACCAUGAGGAAGAAGAAGACCAUAAAAAAGUUAACGAUGAUAGACUUCGCUUUUAACAGUACAGCGGACAUAACCUAGGUGAUAGACCAACUUAAAUAGACAAUACCGAUAUUGAAGGUGAGUUUCAAGGAGAACUACAAAAAAAUAUUUUAAAAAAUAAUGAUUAUGUUAUUAUUCCUGAGAAAGCUUGGGAAAAAUUAUUUUCUUGGUACUCAGGUGGACCAACAUUUAAAAGGAAGAGAAUAGUCGAUAUUCAAAAGAAUUAUAAAACUGUAGAGCUAUAUCCACCACUUGUGAUUGGAUACAAAUGUCGUAAAAAUGGUGAAAUUAAUUAUGACACUAGGUAAGAGUUAAUGGUGAGUAGUUGGAAAACUUUAAAAGAAGUUAUGAAAAAAUUUUAAAAAUACUUUAAAAGUGAAAAGUAAGAAGACAUACUUUACUAUAAAAAAAUGGGCUCUUAUUGGAAUAAGGCUACUGACCUAGAUAAAACAAUGAUAGUAGAUUUGUAAAUUGAAAGUGGAACUAUCUUUUUGUUUCUUAAUAAGGCAAUAGAGGAGAAAUUUUUGGAAAAAUAAAAGAUGAAAAGUUAAAUAAAAGGGGGAAUCAAUACCUUUACAGAAAUCUUAGAUACUUAUGAAGUCGGAGAUCGCAUCUGUGUGUUUCAUCCAUCAGAGAGAAUAGAAAAAAAAGGUUAUAUAUUCUCAAUAAAGAAUGAUACCAUUUAAAUACAUUUCAAAAGAGAAUCAUACAGAAAUGAUAUAAUAUUUGAGAAGAAAAAAUUAGAAAAUUAUUUGAAGUAAGAGAGUAACUAAGUUUCUUAAUUGAAUAUUGACUAAAGCAUGACUCAUUUAAAUAAUCAUAUUAAAUACAAUCCCAAGAUGAUAGGUUUAGCUAAUUUAGGCAACACCUGCUUUAUUAAUUGUAUCAUUUAAUUUUUGGUUCACACUCCUUUUUUUAGAUAAUAUUUGCUUGAUGAGAUUUAUCGUGAUUCUAUAAAAGAAAAUAUUAUUGUAAACUAGUCUUAGAAUCCAUAGACUGUAGUAGCAGCAGCUAAUUCAGUUGCAGGAAAUUUUAACAACUAGGCUAUAGCAAAUGUAAAUUCUGUUAUUUCAAAUAACAACCCCUCAAACAUAUAUAAAGAUCAAUAGCCUUAAAAUUAAGGAAAUUCACAAGAAUAAUAAAUUUCUCUUAUUCAUGAGCUUUCACAGCUUGCAAAGUACUUGAAAUAAAAGCCUUAUAAUGAUAUUUAUGAUCCAGUUAAGCCAGAAAGCUUGAAAAAGUCUAUUGAUAAAUUAAUGCCUAAUUUUUCAGGCCAUGAAUAGCAUGAUGCUUAAGAAUUUUUGUAGGGAUUUUUAGAUAAACUAAAUGAUGAAAUCAAAAUAAAAAAACUAGUUAAUAUAAACAAACCUGACGAAACUAAUAAUAGUGUAUCAAACACUGCAACUAAUGCAUUAGCUAAUUAAAAUACUGCUAAACAAAAUACAAGGACCAUUUCAAAUAGCAAUACUCAACCACUAUAGUUAUAAAAGAAUUCUUUUUCUAAUAAUAAAGAUAUAACUAGUUUAGUUAAAUAAACACUAUCUAAAUACGUCUAUGAAGAAAAUUUAACUUCUCAGCCUCCAUAAUUUCCUCCUGAACCUAUUUCUAAUCUACCUUUACAGCCAGCAGUCUCUUCUCAAAUGCAAACAGAUUAGAUAAUUGAAACAAAUCAAAAUAACAAAAGAGAGUCUGGGGAUAAAUUAGAAAAUUAAUAAAAUACAAAACCUUAGUAAGUGUUUUAAGAAUUUUCAAUUAUCAAAGAUGUAUAUAUGGGAUAGACAAUCAAUACGAUUUAAUGCUCUGUAUGUGGAAACGUCAAUCACAAAUAUGAGGAUUUUUUCACAAUCUCCUUACCUUUACCUAUCAAAAAUGAGGUACUCUAUGAAGUUACUUAUGUACCUAGAAUAAAUAAGGGAAUAAUGAAGCCUAUAAAAAAAUAUGGUAUAAAAUUACAUCGCUCAGCUACAUAUGCUGAUUUUUAGUAAGCAUUUUACAAAACUUCAAGGAUAAAUCCAUAAACAGUUGUUUUUGCAGAAAUAUGUAAAAACUAUAACUUCAAAAAUUUGUAUCUCAUUGAUCCAAGUAUUCCAAUGAGAAAUUUAGGUAUUAGAAGUAAUGAUGAAAUUACAGCUUUUGAAGUUAUUAAUACUAAUUAAUUGUUAGAGGAAGAAACAAAAUCGCUAUAUCCUCAUAACUACACUAUUCACUCAUAGAAUAAAAAUAUCAAAGAAGGUGAUUUCGUUGAUUAUAAUUAUUAAUCUAAUGGAUUUAAUUUAUGGAUGCAUGGCUAAAUAGAAAGGAUAACCUUUGCUGAAUAAAAAAAUGAAUAAAUAGUCUAACUUAGAUUACUUGAUGAAAAUUUGAAAUAGUUUAAUCAUCUGUACAAAUUUAAAAGCGAGCAAAAAAGGAUUAUGCCUUUUAGGACUUAGAUACCAUUUUAUCCAAAUUAAAAGGGAUAUGUUGUAUUUCUUGUAAACAGAAGGAAAAUGAAUAACAUGAUAGAGAGAUUUGGAAUUCCUCUAUGUAUUAUUAUACCAGGCUGGCUCACUUGGAAAGAGUUACAUCUUUUGGUUUUCAGCUAAGUUAAAAGAUGCAUUGACUUUAAUUACUUGAUCAAAAAGUACUAAACAACAGCUAAAGCUUAAACUAAACAAAAAAUAAAAUCAGCUAAGACUUAAGGUUAUACUUAAUUAGGAGGAGAAUUAGAAGAAAUAGAUUUCAAUAAUGCUGCUCAAACUUAUUAAAACGAUGACUACAGGACUAAGGAAAAGACCCACCAAGAGCAAUUAUAAUAUGUCAGAGAGUACAGAUAAAAAGCCCCUUCUUUUCAUGGAUUUGGAGAAGAUUAAUUUUAAGGUAAUUAGAUUAAUUAAGAUGACGAGUACAUAAGAAACAGAAAAUCUCUAGUCAACUAAACGGAUGCUUACAGAAUUUCAAGUAAAUCACCAAUAAAAAACAAGCAAUAAAAAGAUGAAGAGCCACCUUAACUUCGUCCAACAAUCUCUGAUUACUAAAAUAUAUAUAAAGCUAACACUAGUACUUUUAUUCAUCAGUACUAGGAAAACCUUUAAUCAAAUGGGUAUUCCAAUUAAAAUCAAGAUGGAAAUACAAAUUCUUAAUAAAACAACUUAAAAAAUACAAUUAAAUAAUCUGUAAAUUUAGAAAAAAAUUAAAAGUUUGAAAGCCAUGCAUAAAAAAGCUAGUAAUAUUAAAACCUAGAUGAAUACUACUCAGCUUUUAAUGGAGAAAUAAAGGAUUCAAUAGACUUCUUAUAAUCGAGUUAUUUCCCUUAUAGAUUAAGAGUAAUUGAUUCAGUCACUUAAAGAUGUGUAAUUUGUGAUCUUCCUUUAAUUCCUGAUAUCACCUAAAAGGAGAGUUGUUAAGGCUGUGAACCUGGGCUUAUAGAAAGACCAAUAUUUUGGGAUAUAAAAUAACUUGCCUUAGUUUUUGCUAUUGAUUGGAAAGACUCGCUUAGUUUCAAUCCCUCAAGCAUGGUACCUUAAAAUGAUGAAAGCUACAUCGAUCUAAAAAAAUAAAAGAAUGAAAUAAAAAUGGGAAUACCAAUUUAAUCUUGCUUCGAUCUAUUCUCUGCUUAGGAAAAAGUAUAAUUAGAAUGUGAUGUCUGUAAAGUUAACUAAAUAUAAACUACUAUGCAUCUACUUAAUAAACUGCCUAAUAUUUUAAUAAUACAUCUUAGCCGAUUCUAAUAUCAAAAUGGUUUGUUUGAAAAAAUUGAUGAUUUAGUUAAUUUCCCAUUGAAGAAGCUAGAUUUAUCGAAAUGGGUUUUCAAAGAUAACAAAUUAUAAUAAGCUCAAUAAAAUUCAAAAUAAAUAUAAGAUAAUCAAAAUGAAAUUUAUGAUUUGUUUGCAGUUGUGAAUCACCUUGGUAACGGCCAUGGAGGUCACUACACUAGCUUUGUUAAUAUAAAAGAAGAUGGAUCUGAGCUUAAAGAUUGCUGGGUAAAUUUUGAUGAUGAAUAAGUAAAUUAUAUAAAUUAAGAAGAAGUUUUAUCAAACAAAGGAUAUCUCCUCAUAUAUAAAAAGAAAUUUUCUACUUCUGCAAUAGUAAAUCUAACAUAUAAAAAGCUUUGA